AUGAGAACGGAGCCGGAAAUAGUUGUAUUAAAGAAAGGGUUUGCAUGUGAAUUUACACUGAUUAUAGCACCAUUUUGCACAUCUAAAAUCGACACAACAAUUCUGAUCAUUUCCAAAUCACUUCAAAGUGGUAAAGAGAGUUUUGAUGAUAUACGAAUGAGUGGGGUAACAGCACAAUCAACUCGAAUUGAUCCAGACGAAAUCAUUGAAGAGAAGAAAAUAGGUGAAGGAUCGUUUGGCAUCGUGUCUAAAGGCACAUUCAGAGGCAAUCAAGUUGCCAUUAAAAAACUGAAACAACGGGUUGUUAUAGAUAACAACACAAAGAACGAUGAGUUUGAAAAUGAAGUCUUGAUGUUAGAUAAGUUCAGGUGUGAGUAUAUCGUCCAUUUCUAUGGCGCUGUGUUUAUCACAACAAAAGUGUGUAUGGUCACCGAAUAUGCGCCAUUUGGGUCGUUACAAAAUUUGAUAGACACUAAAAAGAGUGACGAAUUUGGUCUUAAAUUGCGAGUGAAAAUGUGUCUUGAUGCUAUAAAGGGAAUUGUGUAUUUACACACAAAUGGGAUUUUACACAGAGACAUCAAGCCAGACAACAUCUUAGUCUUUUCGUUAGAUCUGAGUUGUACAGAUGUUACUAAUGCAAAAUUGACUGAUUUUGGAAGUGCAAGAAAUGUCAAUUUACUGAUGACGAACAUGACAUUCACAAAGGGUAUUGGAACACCAAAGUACAUGGCGCCUGAAAUCCUUCAGAAACAAAAAUACAAGGAAAGUGCAGACGUCUAUUCAUUUGCAAUGACCAUGUACGAGAUAUUUAUAUGGGGAGAGGCCUUCCCAAGAGAAAUGUUUAGAUAUCCAUGGGAGGUAGUCAAUUUCAUAACAGGUGGAAGACGACUUGACAAACCGGCAAAUAUGGACAAUGCGUUGUUUAAGAUAGUAAGCGAUUCAUGGAGAAACAAUUCAAAUGAGCGAAAUGACGCGUGUAAAAUAGAAAAAAGUCUUGGUGAGUAUUAUUUGAGUCUGAAUUGA